CCCCAUUGAGACAUCCAUCCCCAUCGUGAUUUCUAAUUACAUCGUUGAACUGAACUAGUGCUUCCCCAACUUGACCUAUUCCAACUCCCAUUUUGUGUCACAUUCUCACAUCAACCUCUGUCGAUAAGCGACUGAGAUCAAUACCUUCUAGCAAUGACCGAAGGAACUUGGGAAAAGCUGUCCCAGGUCGCUGUCCUGGGUGCUAAAUAUGACUCCCCUGAACGCCAGCCCCAUCCGAAAUGUUUGAAAGGGACCCGAGUGGACCUUCUCAAAUUCAUCUAUGGAUUGUUGGACAAGCGAGAGAAGAGUCAGAUCAUUUGGAUGCAUGGCACGGCGGGCGUCGGAAAGUCUGCCGUGGCGUUCACUGUGGCCGAGAGGAUGAAAGGUCUGAAAAUGACAGAGGAGACAAAAAUUGAAACAAGGCUCGCGGGAACAUUCUUUUUCUCGCGCAAGCACACAAAAUGCAGCACCACCGGUCAUUUAUUUGCGACCCUUGCUUACCAGCUUGCGAGCAAUUUUCCCAGCGUCAAGAACGACGUGAACAAAGCUAUCCACGAGACUCCUGCGGUUCUAGACUCCAGCGAGUCUCUUCGCGACCAAAUGAUGGCGUUAUUUCGUCGACCUCUCUGGCACCUGCAAUUAAGGCUGCGCGAGUGUCCGCCUCCGGUGUUUGUUGUUGAUGCCCUCGAUGAAUGCCAACCUGAAACGGUCGCCGAUCUGAUCUCACUCCUCGGGGAAGCUCUUCGUGAUCCUGAACUUCCCGUAUUCCACAUUCUGCUCACGAGUCGCUUGGAGCAGCAUAUCUGUAAAGCCAUUCAAAACGAAGAUAUGCGCACGCUAGUGUACGAGAUCCCGGUGAACACUUCUGGGGAGGGCGUUGCUGGCACCAUUUCAUUAGACGGCGAAGAUGUGGACAAUGAUAUCUGUACAUUCUUGCAGCAUUCCUUCAUGGAGUUGCGAUAUCGCCAUCCUGAUUUCCCUCAGCCCACUGCGGAUAAACUUACGCGGCUGGCGAACCGAGCUGGCAGACGUUUCAUCGUGGCAUCUACAAUGAUGAAGUUCGUUGAUGACGGAUAUAAUGACUCCCGGGAUCGCCUUGAGCUAAUGCUCGAGCUGACCAAUGAACUGCUACCUGGAACGGAAGUGUACGAGCUAUACAAACGGAUCAUCUCCACCUGUUCGAACCCCAAUCGGGCAUACCAGCAUUUGUCCAUUGUUGCUGCCCUCGCAGACCCUCUGCCAAUCUCACAGAUUUCGAAGCUCCUUGGUCCUGUUCAAGGCAGCGAUGUCGCGACCACGCUGAAACAGCUACGUUCUUUCAUGGAAAUCCCCGUUGACAGCAGCCAUCCCGUGAAUAUCUACCACUCGUCCAUUCGAGACUAUGCUUCAGACUCCUCGAACUGCAGCCUCCCUGGAUUACAACCCAUCCUACCACAUUCCCUGCUCGCUUAUUCGUCUUUCCGCUUGAUCAUUCAAGACAUUCCAGCACGCACUACUCUCAUGGAUGCGCUCCUAGAAUUGAAGUCGCAGAAUCAGGCUAUGCAACCCCAUGACCCCCGGAAUUUGCAACAGUCAUUAACCUUCAUUGUUGAGCCACCAGAGCCGCUGACGGUCCUCAUGGGAUUGUUAUGGCUUCGGGGAGCUCGCGGGUCGGGUUUGCGGUCCUGGUUAGGGACUUUGGACGGACGUGCGUGGCUGCAGACCCAAUAUGGGGAAGACUAUUUGCAGACACAGAAGGGGCAAGACUGGCUGCAGACCUGGGCCGGGAGGGAUUGGUUGCAGACCCACGCGGGACGCACUUGGUUGCAGACAGAGAGAGGGCGAGGGUGGCUGCAGAGUGGGCAAGGGUGGCUGUGGACUCAAAGACGAAGACAAGUGGCUGGAGACUCUGGCGAGUAUAUAGCAUUGGAGACGUGGAGCGGGAAAGCCUCGCUGGAGACCAUCGGCGGGCAAGGCUGGCUGCAGACCAAGACCGGGCAAGAAUGGUUGCAGACCCAGGCAGGGGGAGAGUGGCUGCAGACUCAAAGUGGAGGAGAGUGGCUGCAGAGCCGACGCGGGGAAGAGUGGCUUCAGACCCCGACCGCACAAGAGUGGCUGCAACAAACCCCGACUGGCCAAGAAUGGCUGCAGACCCAAAAAGGACGAGAGUGGCUGCAAACUCAGAGCGGCCAAAAAUGGCUACAGACCCUGAGUGGCCAAGAAUGGCUGCAAACACAUGGUGAGUGGUUGCAGACCACGCCUGGACGAGAGUGGUUACAAACUGAAAGCGCGAGGGAGUGGCUGAAGACACCCAGCGGGAGGGAGUGGAUAGAGACACACAGCGGGAGGAAGUGGCUGCAGACACAUGGCGGGAGGGAGUGGCUGCGGAGAUCCAACACGAGGGAGUGGCUGGAGAUAUUCGACAGGAGCGAGUGGCUAGAGACACCCAGCGGGAGGGAGUGGCUGGAGAUACACAACGGGAGGUGGUGGCUGCAAACAUUCAAUAGGAGGGAGUGGCUGACAACACCCAGCGAGAGGGUGUGGCUGGAGACACCCAGCGGGAGGGAUGGCUGGAGACACCCAGCGCGAGGGAGUGGCUGGAGACACCCAGCGGGAGGGAGUGGCUGGAGACACUCAGUGCGAGGGAGUGGCUGAAAACACCAAGAGCGAGGGAGUGGCUGAAAACGCAGCACGGGAUGGCGUGGCUGGAGACACAAAGUGGGAUCGAGUGGCUUGAGACCCAGAGUGGGUACGAUCGCCUACAGACCCUAAAUGAACUGCAGACUCCAAUCGGGCAUGCAUGGUUGGACACCUUUUACGGGCGAGAAUGGCUCUCAACCCAGAGUGGGCGAGAGUGGUUACUGAUGCAGAGUGCGCAAGAGUGGCUCCUGACCCUAGGAGGGCAAAAAUGGCCGGGUACUCUGGGCGGACGAGAGUGGCUGCGGACCCCAGGUGGACUACAGACUGGACAUGGCCAAGAAUGGUUACAGACAAAAGGUGGGCAAGAGUGGCUGCCGACCCAGAGUGGACGA